UGCAGCAGGAUUCAUUUCUUUGACUGAGGUUUGCAUGUUUACAAAUAAACAUAAUCUCAGUUUUCUGAUCAGAGGACUCUGUUGGGGCAGUCCCCUUGUUCAGCUGUUCAGCACUGUGCACCAUAACUUGUUUGGGCUGUUCCAGAACACCUUUGUUUCUCACGUGCAGCAGUACUGCUGCUUAGUUUUCACACCCUUUUGUCCAACAACAAAACACCAUACAUCCAAACACAUACGCACUCAUCCAAAAGCCCCAGCGAUGCGAACCAAUCCAGAAGCUAAAGGCAUCAUUUAUUUCUCGGCGAGUUUUUACUGCAUUCCUACCUUCUGAUUGUUAAUUUCAUUUUUUUUUUUUCCCCCAGCUAUUCCGAGUUUUGCAGGAGGGCAGAGGGCCCGGGGCCGUGCAGCCGGCAGGUGGCAGCAGCUCGUUUCCAGCGGGGCCGGAGCGGUUCCCGGUGCGGGAUUGCACGCACUGAGAUCGGUGAGCGGAGCUGGAGGAGCCGAGUUCUAUUUGCUCGCCAAUUUUGCGCUUCAUUUCAUUCUGUCCAUUUGAAUAUUAGAUGUAGUUUAAUUCUCUUGGCUGUUAACGCGCUGAGCGAGUAGGGCAGAUUAGCAGCCCUUGCACUUGAAUUCCCAAUUGCUUUUUUGUCUUAACUCGUAAGGUGGAAUUACUUUCCAGUUUACUGCAGUGGACAAAGUGCGUGGCAAAGACGUGUUUCCUUUUUACACGGCUGUGCUGGGUUUGGUUGGAUUACAGCUGUGACCUCAAUGUCUGUAUACAAAGGUAUGUAAUAGAGGAUUUGCACAAGUUGUGAUAGGUGUUAGGCAAAAAGCACAGCCACACAAGCAGAAGUUCCUUUUUGCAAUUCUGAUCUUUGUCUCAGAACAGGAGGGAUUUAAAGUCUGCUGGUAUCCAUCUGGUGAAGCAUCCAGAACAUUCUUCAUUUUCAUUAUUUGUUUCUUCUCUGUUGAGAUAUUUGCAGACAUUAAGAAGUUGUGCGAUCCCAAUGACUGUUUUAACACACCAUCAAAAUAAUUCAUACUUGCAACAGCCUUCGGAGUCAUAGUAUGACUGCCUGCUGAAAUAGUUUUGCUCAUUGAUGAUAGAAUGUUUCUGUGUUUAAACAAGACAUCCUGUCACUAAAAAGCCAAGAUGGAGCUUUGACUACAAAAUUCCUAGCAGAUGAAUGGCAUUUCAGGGCCAAAUUUAUCUCUGUGUAUUUCACAGUUACUUUCAGGAGGAUGCAGAGGAUCUCAGCAUUUCAUGCUGACAACAGGACAGAGAUGUGGACCCACCUGAGUGCACCUCCCUGGGCUGGGAUGGAACAGAGCAGCCCCACACUCACCAUGAAGAAGGAAAUGGGACCGGUGCUGCACUUUUUCCAGUUUCUGGCAGCCCCCUCUCAGGAGAGGUCAGUACAAACCCUUCAGUCCCAGUUUGCAGAUGUGGGUGUGAAAAAUCUGUCUUCACAUACAGUGGUGGGAUGGCAAAGAGACAUUUUUAGAGUCAAAGUCCCCCAGAAACCCUCAUAGCAUUGCUUUAGUCUCUAGCCUACCCUUGGCAUUUACAUUCAUUUCUUCCUUAAAGGUUUUGCAUUUAUUCAGUGUAAUGUGUCAGUGUGGUAGGGCUGUGCCAAGCAGAGGGGCAGCCCUGAUGCCACCACUGCAGGCAUUUACCAGCACAGCUGUGCCAACAGGACAUGGGGCUGAGGCUGGGGUGCUGACGUGGGAUCUCCCAGCAUACCACCUCCCAAGUGCUCUCAGGGCUGCUAGAUGGGCAUUAUAUGUGUUUUGGAGAGCAAUAUGCAUAUUUUAGCAUAUUUUCCCAGAACAGACAACUGGAACCUGUUUCUCCAUGAGCAGAAAGUAAAUCCCAGUUUCCUGCAAAUCUGUGUCCUUUAUAACUGGAUUCCACCGCAACCAUCCCAGCUGCCUGCCCACCCACAUUAGGCAGGCAGGACGUGUUGUGAUUAACUGUGCAGUAAUUGUCUGCUAAAGCACACGUGUGGGCUGGGGGGGCAGCAGGAUGACAGAUGGAUGCAUUUACAGCCUCCUUACCCCCUGCUCAAGAGGAUUUGGGGGAGAAAGGCAGAGACUUCUGGUGGGUUCAUGCACCUUUCAGAUGGGGCUGAGGUCGGAGCUCAAAGUGUUGCAGGGAGGCACUAGCAGAUGGUGCAGCACGGCGUUUCCAUGGGGAAGCAAGACAGCAGGACUGAGUCAAGCUGAGCCGGUUACUGUCUCAUGUGAUAUCACAAAAUGUCCACUUUCUGUAUCUCCCAAACAUCCUCCCCAGGUCUGCACCUACCAGCACAGCAAACAGGCUCCUGUUGGCUGCAGGCUGUAGCUGUUUCUGCAUUUGGCCUUUUCUGGGCUAACACAGAAAUACAGAAAAUGUAUAAAUACAGAAACCAGAAAUACAGUUGGGUGAGUGAAAGAGCUGGUAGUGUCUCUCCUGAAGUUCCUCUUCUUAUAUUUCCUCUACAUCUUCCUGCCCCCCUAGGUCAAACCUUACCCCAGCAUGAAGGAAACACAGAGCCAUGCUGUGGUGGCCAUGCUCUUUUUCCCCCACUGCUGUUUUUGCAGGCUCAGCAGAGAGGUACAAAGCUGCAACAGGAACAGAGGCACCAGGGGGCUGCUCAGCAGUUUGUUAUGAAGGGCCUGAAGGUGCAGCUUGACAAACAUCUCCUGACAUACUGAGAACUGGCACCUGGCCUGACCGAAAGCCCUCUGUUUCACUGUCACCCAGAGCUGCUCCCCAGCCCAGCAGCCUGCAAGGCCACACAAGCACUGCUGCCAGCUCUCUCUCACGGGUCUGUACCCAAUUAAAAUGACUAUUAACUAUGGCUCUCAUUAGUAAGAUUGACAACGACAACUUUUAAUCAUGUGCUUGGCUUGUGGAAGAUGUGGAGGAGGGAACAGCUCACUUUUCCAUUUACCAUGGAUACACUCUUAAAAAAGCAACUACAAAAAUUCCCUGCAAGUAAUUUGAGUGAAAUGCAGCUGGACUUUAAAAAUUAAGUUUUAGGCCUGAGAAGGACAAAACAUGUUUUAAAUUCCCAUUUUCUCUCCCUAGCCAGAUGAAUUUGAGCAAGGAUCAGGUUCAGUUAAGAUGAUUUUCCACGACGACUUGUGUAUUUCUGCCAGGACUGAAUUUUUACAUCCUAUUUACAGUGGUGGGGGUAGAGUAGAGGUGCUGACAUGGUUUCACCCCCACAGCACUGCUGCUAAAUACACACAUGGAGCUGGCCUUGUCAGCUUACCCUGGGCUCUUGGGAAAUAACUAGCAGCUCUAAAAAUAAGCCUGAGGAGAUCAAGCUGCUUGCACCAAGUGGGUACAGCAUUGCUGCUAGCUGCAGCACUGGGCACUACAGUCCCAGGACACUGCCUAAGGCUUCUCUAGAAUCACUACCACAAGAUGGGGUUCAUGGCUCAAGGCGUGUUGGGAAUUGCUGGCCUGAUUUAUGAAUGCCUUUAUCUGAUAUCCCAGGUGCAUGAAAGGGAGAGGAAAAACCAGCUGAGCUAGAAUGGCCCUGUGUGGCCAAGGGUGGGGUUGAUCAGAGUGCAAAGACCAAACACAGCCAAUCUGUGCUGUGUCCCUCUGUCCCUGUAUUAGUCCCUGGGAGCUGUGCUCCGCAAGGGCACUACCCUUCCCUCACCUCCUGCUGAGAUGCUUGUUGGACCACAAACCACAGGGUGAGCCCACUGCAGGUGAGGCUGUGACAGUUCUGCUUGGUGCCUGGAUGCAGAAGGGCUGGCACUGCAGGAAACAGCCUUGUACUGAACAACACACAGUGUCUUAAGCUGGGGGCAACAACAUUAUCUUGAUUUUGAAAGAAACCCAGGCCAAACCUUUGAGCAAAGCUGAACCUGGUUGUUUGCAGUGGGGGGAUCUGCAGAAAUCAGGAAGCUUGAGGUUUGCUCAAGCAGAAAUGCUUGCUCAAACCACAACAACUGAAGGGGAAUUUAAGAGAGCCAGGGGCUUUUUACAAGAAUCUGCUCUUUUCGCACAAUGUGAGUUUCUCCAAGCAAGCAGGACGGCGUGAGAGGAAACGUGAGGAUUGCUCAGGGGGCUCUGUGGGCAAGACGGAGCCAAAAGGCAGAGCACUGAGGGCUUCACAAGAGCUGGAAAAAUUAAUUCAAAAUAUUCAGGUGGAUUUCUAUGCCAUUUGGAAGAGUGAGCGUGAGAUUCUUUAAACUCGAAGUGUUAAGGUGGAAGUCCACAGGAAGCCAAGCCAGCUCAUCCAGCCCCUAUGGCAUGUCCCCUGUGGCACUGCCCACCCUGGCUGCAGGAAAUGUGGUUAUCCAGUCCCUGGCUGCAUUUGGUCUUCCCUUUAUGACAACAGUAUCCACUACGUGGAAACCCAGAUUGCAUUAGCAAAGUUAGAAAAAAGCCAACAAAGCCAUAACACAUCUGCAUUCAGCUCCAUCACGCAUGGUUACUGAACUUUUCUGCUGUCAGAGCACGGCCUCAGCAGCAGAAAACACCAGCAGCUCCACAGGAACAGAAGCACAGGGCCACAGCUUACUCCAGCCUCGGAUGCCGGCACAUAGAUCUCUUCUGAGCCCAAGAUGAGCUUUCACCCACAAUGCACGUUUGUGGUUCUUCCAGGAGGUCUUUAUAGCAGCAUUAUGCAGUGCUGGAGGGUUUCAUUUCACUUCUCUAUGCAGCUGUAAAAGGUUUCUCGGAAACCAGAGAUCGUUGCAUUUGACUUGAGUUUGCUUAUCUGCCAGAGGCUGUUUCAAGUUACUCUUUGCAGCCAUAUUGAAUGAAUCCCGAGGUGAGAAGGAGGCAGCAACAACAAGUGCUCUUUAUCCUUGUUUGGAAGUCACUGCUUCUAAUUUUGUUCCCUCCUUAUAAUCAUUAAUAUCAAGAACUACAAAAUGAGGUCAACCUCUAUUAAAUGUAAUGACUUUGCCUGCGGAGUUGGCGAUGAAAGCAGCUUCACAGUAAAGGUUUCCAUUUAGGGGGAAAGCUCUGUUUCAAGAAGUCCUCUAACCCAGUACAGCUAGUUAUAAAAAAAAUGCAGAGACUAGGGUUGAGAUUUUAAUCAGCAAAAACCCAGGAAAAACAGAAGAGUAAAAUCUGAACAUGCAAAUUAGGAACACAAGAAGACCAAAAGACAGGUUGCUGCAGGUCUGGCAAGCAAAACCUUAAUAUGCAGAGAUGACUGAGAGCUGCAUCCUCGAACCAACCCGGGGUCAUCAUGAGCAACAGCUGCAUGCAGCAAGAGGCUAGCAAGAGCAGCAGGUUUGCCUCAUUUACCUGUAGAUAAGUGGGAAUUCCCUGUACCUGGUUCCCUAUAGGUGCCCCCAGCAAGCAGAUAGUGCAUGCUGUUUCUUGUGGUUGUGAAAUGAAACUUGUUAUGGAUACAGGAGCUCAUCUUGAGAUGUGAAAGACUACUGGCUGUGUAGCAGUACUGCUUCCUUCCUGGUAGAGGAGUGCAGUCCUGUCCCAUUGGCAUGAAAAGCAGGAGGUCUGGGCUCAAGAAUUUUCCAGCUAACCCAGCAGCCUGCAAAGGGGGCCCCUUACUAACACUGGUUUGGCCCCAUUCUGCAUCAGCUCCAAUGUGCUGCCGCUGCUGGACUUUGCUUGGCACAGUGCAAUGCAGAGGAUCUGGUCUGCCAGGAGCAGGACUCGCCUCUUGUUGGAGCAGUGAGGAAUGUGGACUCAAGAUGAAAUAAUGACCAUUCCCCAUCACAGUAGAACACUUCUAUGACUUCGCAGACUAUAUUUACAACCAGAAUGGAAUGUAUUCUGGGAAGAAACAACAGAAAGGCUGGGAGUUGUAUAUUGAACUUCAUGUCUUUAUCCUUGCUGUAAAGACGGACCUUCCACAUUGAGUGAAGAUGCCUGCGUAGAGUUCCAUGAACAAUACCUUGUUUCGUGAAAGGCUUCCAGAAGAAUCGUUGGUACCUUAUUUUCUUAGAGGCUAUUAAUGGAUACGGAGGAUUCAGAUGGCUGGUCAAGUAAAAGACCUUGAUCAGAAUUGAAUGCUGUGUGUGCCAGAUAUGUUGAGAAAAUGAUUUACUGUAAGCAAAAUAACUGCUCUUGGUUGAAGCACUGAAUCCAGUAAGAUGAAGAAUGUCAAAAGGAGUCUACGAAUGAGAACAAGAUGGCAGUUCCACUCUUGAUUGAGAGGUUGAGGAAGUGGACUAAUGCAUGAGUGCUGUGAUAUUUCUGUCCAAGAGAAGGACGUUAAAACGUGGACUCCUGUGUUUUUUAAACCAGAGAAGAUCUGGGUUGUGAUCAUCCAAUCAAAAUGGACUUUGCACUUGAAUUGAUCAGGGGACUGUGUCAGUGGUUAUCCAUUGAUGGAUCUGUUUGAGGAUUGGGUGGUAAAAUUUUAUUCUCAGAUAAUUUAUGUGUAAGAGGGAAAACAUUUUGCUAAGAAAUCUGUUACUAUCCCAUUGGAUAAAAUGUACUUUUUUUUAAAGUGACUUAAUAAAAGGUUUUGGUUUCUUUCAUGCUUCGUGUUUGUCCUUUCUGGCUGAAUCUUUUCUUGGUCAUGUUGAUAUUUAAGUGUGUUAUAUUUUUGGUUGCUAUGAAAGUGAGAAAUACUUAACUGCCAAACACUAAAGGCAAGGUAAAUUUUUUUUUAUGUUCUUAAUGUUUAAAAUGUGGUUUUCAUUUACAAAUUAUCUUUACUUUGAUAUGACUUCUAAUGAAUAUUUAUUCUGGUUUGCUCAUUCAGGUGCUUAAUGUUGGGCACUUUUUCUAAUCUUGGGUGUGUUGUCAGGGUGCUUCUGCUAAACUUUCUGAAGUUAUUUUAAGGUGGAAUCGGUAUCGUACUGAAAGCUGGGCAAAUGUGUUAUAAUAAAGGAGUACUUAAAUGUUUUCUGUAGGUUUGUAAGAUGUGCUUGUUCAGUCGUGUGUGUGUGUGUGUACAGAAACUGUUACCAGACUUCCUGGACAACAUACUUCCUAAACAGUCUUAUUUUCCUAAAAUUGUUCUGUACGUGUACCUAAUCUGUUUCACUGCUAUUUAGUGUGGGCAUAGCUUCCUGACUCUGUACCAUGUAUUUGAUGAGGAAAGCUGUGUUAAUUUUCUUACUGCUGCAGAUGAUGGUUGCUUUUUCAAAUGAAUUUGAAGGUGGUUCUUACGUUAAAAAAAAAUACCAGAUUUUUUGUGAAUGAAAUAAUUGAACUAUAUUUCAAGUACGUUUCACUUGAAAUUCAUGGUUGUCUGUGUCAGUUUGGUCUUCAUGUGUAAGACAAAUCUCAUUCUGAGGACUUAAGCAAUGGAGGUGGUUGUUGUUGUUUUUGUUUGUUUAAAGAAAAAGAAAAGAAAGAAAUGGGAUAUUCAGUGAUUUUGCUCCUUUGGGCUUCUUUGGAAAUAUCCAUUUUUACCAUAAUGAAUUGUUCAUGCUUGUUUGAUCCAGCUAUUUUGAUGUACGCUUGCCUGUUGAAGUUUGCUUUUGCCAUGCUUUAUGAGGUGGUGUUGGAUGUUGGGACCAACUUAGGAUCCACAUUCAGAUGAGUGGAUUUUCCUUACCGUUAACCAAAAGCGGUUGCAAUUUUGUUGUACUCCUUGGUUCUAGCUUAGGUGUUAAGGGGUCUUCUGUAAAUUGUUGGUAAACUGACGUUCAGUGAAGUGGAUGCUGACAGCAGAGCGUACCUUAUUGUUCCUCUUGGUUUGGAGAUACGAUAGGUUGUUGGCAGAAAUGGACAGCAAGUGUGUGGAGUUCAAAGGAAGUUUAUUGGUUCAGUUUAUUGGUGGAAGCCAGCGUUUCCAAGCUGUUGGGAUGCUGUGCUGCAGACAGUCCUUGUAGACAUCGGAACUUGCCCUCUUCCCCUCCAUCAGUUACCCAAUGGCUGAUUCCAUCUCUGGUCGUGAUGGCUACAAAUAUGGAAGAGUUCCUUGUGAUUUAAGUUGUCUCCUGCUUGUGGGGAAACAAAUGGUGGGCAGGAUGCAAGAGGCUGGGGAUGCUUGGUUCUUCUCCAUCUCCUCUGUGAUAUGUCUUCUCAGUGCCCCAGAUGUUGGACUGUAGAUGUGGCUUGAUUUCUGAAUAUGCAUCUUGGCUGUUUCGCGGCUUUGAAUUCUUUUGUUUAAAAUCUCCUGGCAAAUAUUAAUGAAUUAAGAAUGGAAAUGAGAAAUAAUUCAUUUAAUGGUGUGAGACUUACUCUACAGCAGUGCCUUCACAUCGCUGAUGCAGUUGCUGUAGCUGUUGGGUUUGUGUUGCUGGGGCAGACCACUAGGGAGGCGCUGUUGAGCUGGAAGGGGUUGGUAGCACUGUGGGGCUUUUUCAGGAGCUCAUGGCACUUCUGUCCCAAGCACUAUGUGCAAGUAUUGGAUGACAAAAAGAAGAGCUUUUGUCUGGGGGUACUAUGACUUAACUUAAAAAUAAAUGCCCCCCCGGGUGGGGUGACCCCCAAGGUGGGCUGUUGCUGGCUGCAUGGCUGUGAGCUCCACUGCCAUUCUUUCAAAAUGGCUUGUAGCAGCAGCACUUCCUGUCCAGGGAGGAAGUAAUUUUAGCCCAUGCACUGAAAUAUUUAGCAAAUCUUUAAAACAAAAGGAACAAAUUACGUUUCUUUCUGGUUUCAAAAGGGUGGCUGAGCCACAGGGGGUUAAGGUGCCCCUUCUGCUGGGGUAGUUGGAAGGAGCCAGGGCUGUGGGGGGUAGCAGGCACCCUUUAGGUGGAGGCUAUCUCUUUUUUUGGUAGAAAUGAAGGGGUGGGUCUAUGGUACAUCACCUGAGUUGUGGGGUAAAUGUAGAGAGUGUCAAUCAAAGGCAGAGCUCAGAGCUGGGAAGGAGCUCUAGAUGGCGGCUGUGCCUUAGAGAGAGCGCGCUCAGCUCCGUGCCUUCCCCAACACUUUACGCAACUUUCCCUAACUUUCGGGCAGCCUCAGGGGGCCCCCACAGCCCCUUGCCUCUCCUAGGCACUAAUAGGGGGCCGAGCGGACCUUUUUCGGGCAGAAAAGCAGCUUUUGAGGGCUCCCUUUUCGUGCCUUGCUGGAAAGAAGAAGCCGUGGAGAGAGCCCAGGUCGUUGUUUUUCCAGCUUAGAAGCCAUGGCGUACCUCCAUUUUUGUGCGCUCUCCUAAUGAGCUUUUUCCCCCGGACAUUUUUGUACUAAUUAUCGUUUCUUUUGCUUUACCGACAGCAUAUUUUUGGGAUUAGAAUAUAUAUAUUUUUUCUUUUUCUGAAUUUCAUAUUUUAUCAUUCGAACUCUAAAUAUUUUGGAUCUAAUGUUUUUCCACGACCCGAAACUAAGAUCGACUUGGUCCUGGCGGCGGUGCAUGGAUCAGUAAAUACCUGGGCACAGGACUUCAAAGCAAGCAGACAUCCCUGACCCCCUCUUAUUAUUUAAGAAUAAAAAGAUGAUGAGAAAUAAGGACAAAAGCCAAGGAGAGGAGGGUUCAGUCCACAGCAAUGCAUCGAGUCACUCGGCAUCCGAAGAAGCCUCUGGCUCUGACUCUGCAAGCCAGUCUGAGAGCGAGCAGGGCAGCGAGCAGGGCAGCGAGUCUAACAGCAGCUCCGAGUCCUCUGAAAGUCAGUCUGAAUCCGAAAGUGAAUCAACGGGUUCAAAAUCCCAGCAGACCCCUCCUGAAACCAAAGAAAAACCAGCCUCUAAGAAGGAAAGGAUAGCAGAUGUUAAAAAGAUGUGGGAAGAAUAUCCUGAUGUUUAUGGGGUUAGGAGGUCAAACCGAAGCAGACAAGAACCGUCACGAUUUAAUAUAAAAGAUGAGGCAAGUAGCGAAUCUGAAAAUGAGAGCCCAAAAAGAAGAGGCCAGAAGCAAGUGAAAAGAAAAAAAAAGUGGAAAAGAGAGAUUUCUGGUGAAGAAGAGGAUGAAGAUGGAGGGGAUCAAGGCACCAGUGCAGAGAGCGAGCCUGAACCGAAGAGAAUUAAAGCAAAAAGACCUGUUCAAAGGAGAGCAAUGGCCAAAACCAGUGUUAAAAAACCUCCCAAACUCCAGCGUGGGAAGAAGAGAAAGAGACAGGUGUCAUCUGAAGAUGAUGAUGAUGAUGAAGAUGGUGAAACUCCUAAGAGACAAACUCGACGAAGAGCAGCCAAAAAUGUCAGUUACAAGGAGGACGACGAUUUUGAGACGGAUUCUGAUGACCUGAUAGAGAUGACUGGGGAAGGGGCUGAUGAACAUGAAGACAACAGUGAAACUAUUGAAAAAGUCUUGGAUAUCAGGCUUGGAAAAAAAGGAGCCACUGGUGCUUCCACCACAGUGUAUGCAACUGAAGCUAAUGGCAACCCUAGUGCUGACUUUGACCCUGAAAAGGAUGAGGGAGAGGUUCAUUACCUGAUCAAAUGGAAAGGCUGGUCGUACAUCCACAGCACAUGGGAGAGUGAGGAGUCCCUGCAACAGCAGAAAGUGAAGGGCCUGAAAAAGCUAGAAAACUUCAAGAAAAAGGAGGAGGAGAUCAAGCAAUGGCUGGCCAAGGUAUCGCCUGAAGAUGUGGAAUAUUUCAACUGUCAACAGGAGCUGGCUUCAGAGCUGAACAAACAGUAUCAAAUCGUGGAGAGAGUAAUUGCUGUGAAGACCAGCAAGUCUGCAACGGGGCAUGCUGACUUUCCAGCAAACAGUCGCAAAACAUCCUCGAAUGACCCUGAAUACCUGUGCAAGUGGAUGGGACUGCCCUAUGCAGAGUGCAGCUGGGAAGAUGAAGCUCUGAUAAGCAAGAAAUUUCAGCACUGCAUUGACAGCUUCAACAACCGUAACAACUCCAAAACAAUUCCUACCCGGGACUGCAAGGUAUUGAAGCAGAGACCAAGAUUUGUUGCCUUGAAGAAACAGCCUUCUUAUAUUGGCAGUGAGAACCUGGAGCUGCGAGAUUACCAGCUGGAGGGCCUCAACUGGCUUGCUCACUCAUGGUGCAAGAACAACAGUGUGAUCCUGGCUGAUGAAAUGGGCCUGGGGAAGACGAUUCAGACAAUCUCAUUCCUGUCGUACCUCUUCCACCAGCACCAGCUGUACGGUCCUUUCCUGGUGGUGGUUCCUUUGUCGACUCUCACCUCGUGGCAGAGAGAGUUUGAAGUGUGGGCACCUGAGAUCAACGUGGUGGUUUACAUCGGUGACCUCAUGAGCAGGAACAUGAUACGUGAAUAUGAGUGGAUCCACUCUCAGUCUAAAAGGUUGAAAUUCAAUGCACUUAUCACAACAUAUGAGAUCCUCCUCAAAGACAAGGCUGUUUUGGGAAGUAUUAGCUGGGCCUUUCUAGGCGUGGAUGAAGCCCAUCGGUUGAAAAAUGAUGACUCUUUGCUGUACAAAACAUUGAUUGACUUCAAGUCCAACCACAGGCUGCUGAUCACUGGCACUCCGCUUCAAAAUUCACUCAAAGAGCUCUGGUCCCUGCUGCAUUUCAUCAUGCCUGAGAAGUUUGAGUUCUGGGAGGAUUUUGAAGAAGAUCAUGGGAAAGGUAGAGAGAAUGGCUACCAGAGCCUUCACAAAGUCCUGGAGCCGUUUCUCCUACGCAGAGUGAAGAAGGAUGUGGAGAAAUCUUUGCCAGCCAAAGUGGAGCAGAUCCUCCGUGUGGAAAUGUCUGCUUUGCAGAAGCAGUAUUACAAGUGGAUUUUGACAAGAAACUACAAGGCUCUUUCAAAGGGAACAAGAGGAAGCACAUCUGGUUUCCUAAACAUUGUGAUGGAGUUGAAGAAGUGUUGCAACCACUGCUACCUUAUCAAGCCUCCUGAGGAAAAUGAGAGAGAGAAUGGCAUUGAGACCCUGCAGUCUCUGAUCAGGAGCAGUGGAAAGCUAAUUCUCUUGGACAAGCUGCUGACCAGGCUGCGGGACAGAGGCAACAGAGUCCUGAUCUUCUCCCAGAUGGUGAGGAUGCUGGACAUCUUGGCAGAGUACUUGACUAUCAAACACUAUCCUUUCCAGCGCUUAGACGGCUCAAUCAAAGGGGAGAUCCGAAAGCAGGCGCUGGACCACUUCAACGCUGACGGCUCUGAGGACUUCUGUUUCUUACUGUCAACACGAGCUGGAGGGCUGGGAAUUAAUUUGGCCUCUGCUGAUACUGUUGUUAUCUUUGAUUCGGACUGGAACCCCCAGAAUGACCUUCAGGCUCAGGCUCGGGCUCACCGCAUUGGACAAAAGAAGCAGGUGAAUAUUUACCGCCUGGUCACAAAGGGUACAGUUGAGGAGGAGAUCAUUGAGAGGGCCAAGAAGAAAAUGGUGCUGGAUCAUUUGGUGAUCCAGCGUAUGGACACCACUGGACGGACUGUUCUGGACAACAACUCUGGGCGAUCCAAUUCAAAUCCUUUCAACAAAGAAGAGCUGACAGCUAUUCUGAAGUUUGGAGCUGAAGAUCUCUUUAAGGAGCUUGAAGGGGAAGAGUCAGAGCCUCAGGAGAUGGACAUUGAUGAAAUUCUGCGUUUGGCUGAAACACGAGAGAAUGAAGUGUCCACCAGUGCCACCGAUGAGCUGCUGUCACAGUUCAAGGUGGCUAACUUUGCAACCAUGGAGGAGGAAGAGACAGAGCUGGACGAGCGGCCCCAAAAGGACUGGGACGAUAUCAUCCCCGAGGAGCAGAGGAAAAAGGUGGAGGAGGAAGAAAGGCAGAAAGAACUGGAGGAAAUCUACAUGCUGCCUCGCAUCCGGAGCUCAACGAAAAAGGCUCAAACGAAUGAUAGUGAAUCAGAUGCAGAGACUAAGAGAAGGCUUCAGAGAUCGUCGGGGUCAGAAAGUGAGACUGAUGAUACGGAUGAUGAGAAGAGACCAAAGCGCCGUGGACGUCCUCGGAGCGUUCGAAAAGAUACUGUGGAAGGAUUUACUGAUGCUGAAAUCCGGAGGUUUAUCAAGGCUUACAAGAAGUUUGGACUGCCUCUUGAGCGGCUGGAGUGCAUUGCCCGGGAUGCUGAGCUGGUGGAUAAGUCUGUGGCUGAUCUGAAGCGUUUAGGGGAACUCAUCCACAACAGCUGUGUGUCAGCAAUGCAGGAAUAUGAGGAGCAGCUGAAAGAAAACCCAGGUGAAAGGAAAGGACCUGGGAAAAGAAGAGGUCCUACCAUCAAGAUCUCUGGUGUCCAAGUGAAUGUGAAAUCCAUCAUCCAGCAUGAAGAGGAAUUUGAAAUGCUGCAUAAAUCCAUCCCUGCAGACCCAGAGGAAAGGAAGAAGUACCGCUUGACGUGCCGUGUCAAAGCUGCCCAUUUUGAUGUAGACUGGGGAGUGGAGGAAGAUUCUCGCUUGUUAGUGGGAAUUUAUGAGCAUGGUUAUGGAAACUGGGAACUAAUUAAAACAGAUCCGGAAUUGAAGUUAUCUGAUAAGAUCCUACCUGUUGAGACAGAUAAGAAACCUCAGGGAAAACAGCUCCAGACCCGAGUUGAUUAUCUACUGAAACUGCUGAAGAAGGAUCUGGAGAAGAAAGAAAACAUGAAAGAUGGGGAAGAGGGCAAGCUAAAGAAGAGGAAACCACGAAUAAAGAAAGAGAACAAGGCUCCCAAAGUCAAAGAUGAGCAUGGGAACGAACUCUCCCCUCCUCGGCACUCAGACAACCAGUCAGAAGAAGGUGAAGUCAAGGAUGAUGGCUUGGACAAGAGCCCAGUGAAAAAGAAACAGAAGAAAAAAGAGAACAAAGAGAACAAGGAAAAACAGACAAGCACUAAGAAAGAAAAGGAAAGUGAUAAAGAGAAAAAGAAGACAAAAGAAAAGAAAGAGAAGCCUAAAGGUGGUGAAGCCAAAUCUGGAAGUAAAGGGAAGAGAUCGCAAGGUCCUGUCCAUAUUACAGCAGGGAGUGAACCAGUCCCUAUUGGAGAAGAUGAGGAUGAUGAUCUGGACCAAGAAACAUUCAGCAUAUGCAAGGAAAGGAUGAGACCAGUGAAAAAAGCACUGAAACAGCUUGAUAAGCCUGAUAAGGGACUGACGGUUCAAGAACAGCUGGAGCACACACGCAACUGCCUCCUAAAAAUUGGGGACCGCAUCUCUGAGUGCCUUAAAGCCUACACCGACCAGGAUCUUAUCAAACUAUGGAGAAGGAACCUAUGGAUAUUUGUGUCAAAGUUCACAGAAUUUGAUGCCAGAAAGCUGCACAAACUCUACAAGAUGGCUCAUAAGAAAAGGUCGCAGGAAGAGGAGGAGCAGAAAAAGAAGGAGGACAUGGCCAGCAUGCCCAGCAUGAAGAAGCCGUUCCGCCCAGAGCCUUCCGGCUCCAGCCGUGAUCCUGCCAUGUCCCAGUCUCACGUGCCUCACAAUCCUCAUUCCCAGAAGCUCCACAUGCCCCCUUCCCAUGCCCAGCAGCAGAUGCACGGGCACCCACGUGAAAGCUACGGCCAUCCCCCCAAGAGACACUUCAGCAACACAGACCGAGGAGAGUGGCAACGAGAUCGAAAGUUCAGCUAUAGUGGCAACAGCAACCAGAUGUGGGGUGGGGAGCGGCAUCACCAAUACGAGCAGCACUGGUACAAGGACCACCACUAUGGGGACCGGCGAUCUCGUGGAGACCCGCACCGGAGCUCUGGGAACUACAGACCAAAUAACCUCUCCCGCAAGAGGCCGUACGAACAGUACAGCAGUGACCGAGACCACAGAGGCCACCGGGAUUACUAUGACAGGCACCACCACGACUCCAAGCGCCGACGAUCCGAUGAGUUCAGGCCUCAGAAUUACCACCAGCAGGAUUUCCGACGGAUGUCUGAUCACAGGCCGCCCAUGGGAUACCAUGGCCAAGGACCUUCGGACCACUACCGGUCCUUCCACACAGACAAACCGGGAGACUACAAACAGCCCCUUCCUCCACCUCACCCUUCCGUGUCGGACCCUCGCUCGCCCCCCUCUCAGAAAUCUCCUCAUGAUUCCAAGUCGCCUCUCGAUCACAGAUCACCUCUGGAUAGAUCGCUAGAACAGAAAAACAAUCCAGACUAUAACUGGAACAUUAGGAAAACGUAAAGCGAAUGAGAAGGGGGGAAACACAUCUUGAAAGACUUGGAUGCAACAACCAGAAACUCUGAACAUGCUGCUAUCAUCCUGCUGGGUCAAGGAGGAUUUUGGAGGAGCAGGUGGAGGAAGACUCAGUUCUAAUUUGGGUUCCCAUUUUGUUUCCCCCCUUUCUCUCAUUGAACAUUGGAACCAGACUUGCCUCAUUCUUUUUCUUUGGUUUGUUUUCCCCAAUCCAACGGACACAUGGAGAAUUUUCCUCAGCCACGGUGUUUCCUCAAAACCGAGAAGGUGGAUCAGUGCUGCUUAGGAUUGUGCCAGAAGGCUGUGUGCCUGCUUGGUCUUGAUGUUACAUGACAGAUGCUGCUCUGGGACUGGGGAUAAACUGGUUGGGCUGGGCUUUGUGUGUAACCAGCAUAGGUCAAUGGAUGGUAUAUUCCAGGAGGGAUAGGAGAUUCCCUCAGCAUCCAAGCUGUUGUUGUCACAAGGGCUUGGUUGAAAGAGGGACUCUGUGUCCCUACAGUGACUCCAAAGGAGUUGGAUCCAUGCUGGUGACAAUCCAUCACUUUUCUGGACUCAUUAUCAUUUCUCGUGUCUUUAUCCAUUUCAAGAAACUGGCUCUGCUGUGUCUGCCAUUGUGUUCACUGCCGCAGAAGAGCAGAGGGGGAUCCAGGGCUGGAAUCAGCAAAUCUUGACUCUGGGAGACUCUGGGAUAUGUGAAAAAAAGGCAGACUUCUGUAGCAAAGGCUUAUUUCACUUCCAACAAAUAGGAAAGAAACUAGGGUGAGAGCAGUAUUUCCUCAUUGACAGGGCACAGGAAUUCAGAACAAGACCCCUCUUCUCUCCUGACAUGGGCAGCUUGGAUAUCCAGGAAUUAACACAGGUGUUGGCUGGGAGCUGUGAGUUACCAGGACAAGAGAUGGCUCUUGGCAUCUGGGGACCCUGAAGCUCCUAAUUCUGUCAUUUCUCUCUGUGCUUCACAAAAUGGUGAUCACAAACCUUUAGUACAACCAAAAGAUAAGGGGUGGUAGCACACAGUUGAAAGGCAGUGCUGUGAGCUGAUCUCUGUCUGGGAAUGGUCACACCUGUCACCUUUCUGCCACCAUUCAGCAGUUCAAGUUGGAGAUGUGCCUGCGGGCUUAGCACUUAAGUGAGGAGGAAAAAAAAAUGAGGAAUUCAGGACUUGGUACUUAAAAAUUCCUGGUGCAAAUGUUUUAGAGGCCCGGCAGGGCAGAGGGAGAAGAGGGGUUUGCAGCCCAGCUCAGCGGGAUUCAGAGCAAACAUUUCUCCAAGCGUUGGAGUCAUUGCAGAUGAUACAGAACAGUGUCCAGCCAGCGGUGUGCGCAGCGGUUCUGCACAGGUUGCUGAUCAGAAGCCAGUGUGGUCCUUGUCAGUAGAACUGCAUCCCUGCAAUGAACAAAGCUCUCCCAACAGCCAGGCUGCCCAGAGCGUGAUAUCUGCGGAUGCUUCGUCUCCCAGAGUUCAGUAUUAAAGAUCAGGCCGUUCCAGGCUGCUCUUCUUGGUGGGGGGCAGAAAUUGAGGCUCUGUUAAGAUGCCAGUAUAUGACCUUAAUAAGCUGUGAUGUCCUUUCCCUGAUAGUCCGAGGGGUGUUGAGGGCUGGCCUUCCUGCUCCAGGCGCUUUGGAAAGCACACACAAAUCAACACUAACCCCCACGUCUCCACGCCGUGCCGGAGGCGUUGAGGCAACGCGUUGCCGCUGCCUUUCUCACUAAGCUGUGAUUGCACUUGCUGUGGUAUUCAACAAAGAGGUCCUUUCUUUUCAGAGGUAUUAGCUUUUAAAGUAAAAUUGGAAGAAACCUCACAGGGGCAAGGAGAAAUUGCUCUUUUCACAUUCACACAGUGGUGCUGUCGUGAUGGAAAGUUUGUGCCAUACAAGUCGUAGCAAGAGGCAAUACUGGCCAGACCAGUGUUACGGUUGGUGCAGGAUAACUUCAGACUUCCAACAGGAGGCACUUCUGUGCCCAUGCAUGAGGGGUUCUGUUCAUCCCAGGUUCCGAGCAUGAGGUGGUUUGGGGUUUCUUUCUUGAAACCAGUGCAACAGCAAAAGCUUUGCCCAUAGCUGGCGAAGAGUGGUCCCCCCUGUCACGCUGCUUUGCCACUGAACAGUCACUUGGGUUUGCUCACUCACAGUGGAUGGCUCUUCACUGGACUGCACAUUCAUGCAGGCUGGAAAUUUGUAGGGAAAGUCUUCCCCAGGUGUGCGUGCACACAUUUUAUCCCCUCAAAAUAGGGACCAGACGUAGUCACUUGGUGUGAGUGGCGUUGGAGGGGACAGAUCCACAGCCAUAAACGUCACUGCGCUGUCUGUGUCACCAUCUGGUACAGCUCUUCCUUCUGAGCCAGCUGUGGGGUUUCCUCUCUCCUCUUUGCAGGAAAAAGUAGCAAUGUGUUGGGUUUGUUUGUUCAUUUGUGUGUUUGUUGGUUCAUUCGUUCGUUCAUUCGUUCGUUCGUUCAUUCGUUUGUCUUCUUAAGAACGUUUUUCAGCCUGACCCCUGGGAAAUGUUGUGAGUUCAGCCCGUGGAAUCCUGCAGAGCAGAUGGUGCCCAACCAAGGUGGCUCUCUGAGGUCCCUCACGUGAACAGUUUAAGUGACCCCCACAUAAACACUUCUCUGCUUUCACUCAUUUCCUCCCCACCUCCACCUCCCUCCAGGGAGAGAAGGACUCUUACUGUAAAAGUCUUUUAAACCUGUUGACUAAAAAAACAGUAAUUAAUAUUAAUUUAUAUUUGUGAAAAAAAAAAUGCCACUGUCCUAGUGAUUUCUGAUGUAAAUAUGUUGUUUAUAUAGUAUGUAUUAAAUUUUCCUACAUUGUAAAACUGCUGUACUUUUGAUUCUUGUAUAUUAAAAAGUGUUCCUGAGGUUUUCA